UCAAGAUACAGCUUUCCACAAGCUGCUGGAUGUCUGGUACAGCAGAGAGGAGAAGAGAGAGAGAGUAAAGAGAAACAGGGGCUGCUUCACAGCUGGUUGUGACAGAACAAAACAAAAAUAGAAACGCUAGAGAGGGCUGGGGAUGUAAAGACAGUGUCUUCGCUAUUAGAGCUCUUUUGACACUCAUCGGAGUUGCUGUCUGUGUGCCCAACAAUGGCCAACUGACUCGGGCUCUGGUGUGAGAGGGAAACGGAACACAAUCAGUCCAGGACCCUGCACUCAGCAAUGGAGUGAAAGGGAAGUUUACCGCUGGAUAUCUUUGCUUCGCCCUGCAUUCAACAGGAGACUGAGAAGUGGGAAGUGCAUUCCUCCUCUCGCCCCCUCAGCCUCCUCAUCCCAACUACCAACGGUGAGCAUCUAUCUCCGAGCAGUUGUGAAAAGUGCCAGUGAGGACUCACACGGCGAAGAGCACAGCAGCCCGAGAACAAAAUGUACAACGGGGCCACGGGCAAGGCAGCGAGGAAUGUCCUGCGGAGCUCCAGUAUAAGCGGGGAGAUGUACGAGGUGGAGAAGAGUAGCAGCAGUAGGCAGGAGCCGGGGACGGACACCGCCAUUAAGAAGAGGAGAUCUAGUCUCGGUGCCAAGAUGGUUGCCAUCGUUGGAUUGUCGCAGUGGAGUAAAAGUACAACUCAUCUCAAUCAGACCACUCCUAAGAAUAUCUCGGCUGUUCUGUGCCAAGGGAUCGUAGGACAUUGGCUAGCGCCCAUGAUUUCUCCACGUGAGGCAGCCACGAAGAAGUUGCGGAGCAACAUCCGGAGGAGCACGGAGACGGGGAUCGCUGUGGAAAUGCGAAACCGUGUGACUCGGCAGGGCAGCAGGGAGUCGACAGAUGGCAGCACCAACAGCAACAGCUCAGAUGGCAACUUGGUUUUCCCCACGGCCAGACUAGGAGCAGAUGGGCAGUUCAGUGAUUUUCUGGAUGGCAUUGGUCCGGCUCAGCUGGUGGGACGGCAGACUUUGGCCGCCCCUUCCAUGGGUGAUAUCCACAUUGGUAUGGCUGAUCGGAGCGGGCAGCUUGAGGUGGAAAUCAUCCAAGCCCGAGGACUGACUCCGAAGCCUGGCACGAAAGCUCUGCCAGUCCCAUACAUUAAAGUGUAUCUCCUGGAGAAUGGUGUGUGCAUUGCAAAGAGAAAAACCAAGUUAUCAAAGAAGACCCUGGAUCCAGUUUACCAGCAGGCAUUGCUGUUUGACGAGGGCCCUCAGGGAAGGGUGCUGCAGGUCAUAGUGUGGGGAGAUUAUGGUCGGAUGGACCACAAAUACUUCAUGGGGAUGGCCCAGAUCCUACUGGAGGAGCUCGACCUGUCCACAUUAGUCACAGGCUGGUACAAACUCUUCCCGACUUCUUCUCUCGUGGAUUCCACAGUGGCGCCCAUCACUCGUCGGCUCUCCCAGUCCUCGCUGGACAGCAGCACAGGCCCAGCUGGGCAUUAGUUCUCCACUUACAGGACAUGUGCAUAUCAUCGGAAUGCCGAGGGGGAGGCUGUAAAUACUGUAUGUGCAAUUCGACCAAUGCUCGUAUCCGUUAUUUAUUUUACUUUUGUUGACCUUGAAAAUUAUAAGUAAUCUCUGCAACCUGUGCAUUCAUUUUACAUAUUUGGGUAAUUUGCUUUCAUAUGUAUAAGGGAUAAUGUGCAAUAGAGAGAGAACCUUCCACUACAGUUCACGGACAACCCUUUCUUUUCCUGAGAGCAAUGCACCCACUGCAACCAAUAGUUGGAAGGAGAGUCAAAGGAAGCCAGAAGAUUCACGGACAGCACAAUCGCAGCAAAUCGAUGAAUGGAUGCUGUCACCCAUUCUUUCCCACUGUUGUCACGUUUUCUUACUGAGUUACAACCUCCUCAUGGUCAUGGAGCCCCGACCAGAGGAAAGAAAAAUGUAGCCCUCUCUGCUCUCUUCACAAGACUAUUGUGCAUUUGCUUUGGUUUAAUGCAUCUGGAAUGUGUAAGUAAAGGUUCUCUCUCAGAGAUGGUGGAAGAUGUCAGCAUUUAGGUCACAUGGAGAGUAUGCUGACCCUUCUUACCGCAACAGAAUUCCUCCUUGAAUCCUGCAUCAACAAGCCCAUGAUCCCACCUAUGCCUUAUCGAGUGUCUCUGAGCAUGAGUACCCUCCUAUCGAAUGAGGUUUGAGAAGGCAUGCUGAAUACUUGUACAACCUUUCCAUAGAUAACGUAUCCUUCAGCACCCCGAACCUUGGUAGGCAGCUAUAUUCCACCCUUCCACACUUCCUGCAGGAAGGCACCAGGCACAAGGCACACUGCUUACUCCAUGCACUGAAAUCUCAGUGUAGCAAGCGCUGGCUGGACUGAGACCCCCUGAAUAGUCCAAGCCAAUCCAGACAUCUCUUCAACUUAACACAUUCCUUCACAUAUCUAAAUUACUGCACCCUAGGAAAUACAGAACAAUGGACAUCUGCAUGCUUUUACCAUUUUAAAACUUUGGUGACUUCAAAAGAAUAACAUGCUGUAAUAGUUCUGGAAAUACGGAGUUCUGACCAAUGGAUCCCGGCAACAGGCAGCUAAGGAAUCAGAAGGGCUACUGUUUUAUUUUUCUUCAAUGAGCUGCCCUGUGAGCCUGAGAUCCAGAAAAUCUCCCAAACUGUCACUCAAACAUAGGAAUAUUACACAGCGCUGUCUGUUCAAAAGAUACUGAAACUAGCCUUGUUUUAAGAAACGUAGACAUUUGAAGAGGGGGAAGAUAGCUCUCCAAUCAGGCCCAGCCACACUGGCCAUCUCAUUCGGCAUGGUGUGAGGCCAAAGGAUAUACCAUUCCAAAAGGAAAACAGACAUGGAGCCAUUCUGACCUAGAGAAAGAAAUAAAUAUUCACAUUAGGAAAUUAUUACAAAGAUUUACGGAAACCUUAGUUUUCUCAUUAGCGUCAAUGAGAUCAGGUUGGAGGUGGAACUUAGCACGGGCAGCACAUUGGAUGGGAAGUUAAACUUUUCAUGUCAACCAAUGUCUUUCAGGAAAAUAUGGGCCUAGGUAUGGCCAAUGGCUGUUAACCUUCACCAUCUGAAGAUCUUAACUGAGCAAGAACAAUAAUGACUAAUGGUGGAUUUCUGAGGAUUGCAAUAUAAAGCAAAAGGCAAAUUAGCCUUCAGUAAUCCACCAAUAAUAAAAAGAGGAAAAGGGCAGAAUAUCUCAAAGGUAAGCACUUUAUGGUUUUGUAGCUGCUCACAUUAGCCUCCUGUGUAAAACCAUGAAAAACUUGAAUGGCAAGAGAUGAGGAACCUAUGGAGAUCCAGUUCCCAAACCUCCAUCUUCACUCUCAAGAUUCCAUGGACGCAGAGGCUUGAUAAUGGGCUGAUUGUUAAGGAAUGAUUAAAUGUGAUAUUUUGUGUAAUUCUGGCAAAAAUGUAGCACUGUCACUCAUGUAGCUGUGAUCUUACUAUGUUUUCACAUCAUUGCAAAAAAAGCACAGCCAAUUCUAUGUUGACUCUUGGAUCUAUAAUGUGUAGAGAGAGGCUUUCUGCAUAUGACGUAAACCACUGGUCGUCUGAAAAGGAUCUAGUGAAGUCACAAAGCAUUGGACCAUUGGAAAAAAAAGUGGGGGUAGGGAAUUGUUACCAUUAUCUGGCUUACCAGUUUUGAAACGCAGUGGAAAAUUCAAUCACUGUAGGAAAAAGAUAUUCGCAAACAUGAGAAAAUCUGCAGAUGCUGAAAAUUCAAGCAACACACACAAAAUGCUGGUGGAAUGCAGCAGGCCAGGCAGCAUCUAUAGGAAGAAGUACAGUCGACGUUUCGGGCUGAGACCCUUUCGGGCUGAGACCCUAACUGAAAGAAGAGAUAGUAAGAGAUUUGAAAGUGGGAGGAGGAGAUCCGAAAUGAUAGAAGACAGGAGCGGGAGGGAUGAAGCUAAGAGCUGGAAAGUUGAUUGGCAAAAGGGAUACAUAGCUGGAGAAUGGGGAGGGGAGCCCAGAGGAAGAUGGAGAGCAGUGAUAUUCUUUGUUUGUAAAGAUGGUAUUCACAUGUUGAUGGAAAUUAUUCUUUACCUAUUACAUAGAAGCUGUUUUGUGGAUUUCUCUCUGUAGCAAGGCUGGGACUGCAAAACAAUUUUGUAUGAGGACUGAGAUGGGUUUUUUUUCCUUAAAAGAACACACACAAGAACUUUAUGCAGUUUUACCAUCAAAUUAAGAUCCAACACAUCAGAUGACUUACUGUUGAAAGGGCAUUUCCCUCUGUAUAAGUAAUGUGGUUUUACUAUCAAACUGUCAGAGGUCACAUCAUUGGUUUGAUAUAAUAAUUAAUAACUUGUCUUGUAAUGUUUGGUCAGAUUAUGAUGCACCUAUUGUUAACCUUGAUUGCACUGUCUUUGUGGAGUAUAUAAAGUGCAUUAAGCAUCUCAGUAUUGUAUACGUGACAUUUUCAAUCAGAAUGCUAAAAGGUAAAAAGAGAGGACCAUUUUUUGGCAGCCUGUAACAAUGUUUGGAAAAGAAAUGUGCAAAUGCUUUAUAGAUUCCCCUUCAUCUCUCAUCAAUUUUCUCAGCCAACUCUCCUUUAAUUUUGCCUGGGUGUCAAAACUUUAUAUAAUUUUAGGGCUGUUCUACAAAUACGGAGAUCACAUAGUCACACCUUACCCUAAUCUGACCUCUGCAAACCUGUCCACAGCACCUUGUAUAUAGUUCCCAGCCAACUCAGACGAAAAUAGAGCAUAGUUUCUCUUGGUGUCUCUACAAUGAAUGAUUUGCAACCAGUGGUUAAAAAUAUGCUUUUUCCCACAUCCAUGACAGAAGACCACCUUUGCUGUCCUCCUGCAAGUAAAACAGAAGAUUAAAGAUAUGGUAAUAUUCAAUCCAGAAAGUCAGGGAAAGGUUUGGAGUUACUUCCAGAGUUCACGCAAGUUACAUUCCAAUUGCUUUUACUGAUGAAUAAUCAGAACAAAAAUGUUGAUCAUAAAAAGCAAAAGAUGAGAUAUUAGGAGGAGUAAUUAAAACCUCAGUUUAAAAGGAACAUUGUUCAGGAGACAGAUUUGGGAAGGAGGGUACACACAAUCUGUGAAACUUAAAAUGCAAUUUUCCUGUUUUGAGCCCUCUCUAAGCCAAUCUUUCUGUUUCUCCUAUGAGUAUCAAUGAGAAGAUUCAAAGGUGAAACCUAGUAAACAAGUGAGACGCAGCUACUCUUUUGCUAGAAGUUGCACAUUAGCCUACAUUGCAUCAGAGUAGCGCACCCCUAAAAACAAAAGCAAGUUAGUAAACUGAAUGGGUAGGUGGCCCCACAAUGGCUUUAACCAUCCUAUUUAUCAAACUGGGCAGAUGUUGACCCUAGCUCUACCAAUGCUCUCUCGAUUGGUGAAGGAGCAUUAUUGUCUUUUGGAAGAAAGUAGUCUCCUUGCUCUGCAUUCACUCAUAUUGCUUUGUUUUCCCACAGUCAGCUACCUGACAAUACCAGUGUGACAUUACCACAGUGACCGACAUUUGAGGUCCAGUGCAUGAAGUCCAAUCUGUUAUUACAAAAUGACCCCUUUGCAAAGUACACAUGAGUCUAAAGAAAACUGGUAUGAGCUUUUUAGAUUUCCAGGAUCACAGGCUAGGACAAGUAUUUUUGUUCCUAUCAUGAAAAUACAUUAUGGAAUCUAACUUUCAUUGGUAUAUGGACAAACUAAGUCCAUUAUUGUACUAGAUUGUUUAAGGCGUGCACUGCUCACCUUGGCCACACAAUUUAUAUUAUGGGGUAUGUCUAAACUGGAAUCAAUGUUAAAGCAUGAUUUACUUAAGUACCAUUGUCCUCAACUAGUUUGCUUGCUUUCAAAUUAGACUUUAAAUCAUGAAAGUAUAAUGGGUUUAUCACACCCUGUUGUUCAAUGUGUCUGACACAAGAGUCCUCUUCUCUGAAUUCCCUCACAAGAGAUUAGCAGGAUGACAGAAUUAAUUCCAAGAUGCACUAAAAGCCUCUUUGGGGAAGUGAGACAUUCAUAACAACAUGUGGGAAUCCCUGGCCCACAACUGCAUCAAGUAGUGGAGGGACAUUGGAUGAGGAGCUGUGAACCUCAAGUUUCCAUGUGAGCACACAGAAGCCCAACAGACAGCAGAGGGUCUACCCACCCUCAGUCAACUCAGAACCCACAGAAGUCUAUUAUCCUCAACCCUGAUGGAAGGUAUUCAAGCCCAGUAUUUAUUUACAGUCCAUCACUCAGAGGUAUAAGCCAGCAAAAAUAAAUGAAAGGUAAAUUUUAAUAACCCUGAUGAAUAUCACAAAAUGCUUUGUCUAGAAUUGUGCCAACAUCCACAGUGGACCUCUGAAUGGUAUUGAGGGUGAACUGUAGAUAUGAAAGAGCAUGGUUGGAGAACCUGUACAUUCUUCCAGGUGUAUGAGAUAAGCUGGGGUGUAAUAAGCCUGUUGUAAUCACAUCUUAUGCUGUUCUCUGCUGUUUUUGUUCACAGAGUCAUAGAAUUUCAAAGGUAUGGGGGGCAUGCAGUCUCUGUAAUCUGUGCCAGUUCCCAGUACGUAAUCCCACUAAAUUCAUUCCCCUGCUUUCUGCAUAGCCCCUUAAAAUUCCCAUUUAAAGGCCCUAUUUCAUCCAGUUUCCAUUGCUACCACAGACCAAUUUCCAGGUUCUAACUACCUUAUUAAUUUAACACAUUCCUUCAUACAUACUAUUCCAAAUUUUAAAUCUGCACUUCCUGGUCCUUCAGUCAUGCCCUUAUAAGAGCAGCUUCUCUCUACUUACCCCAAUACUGUUCACUGUUCAAUUUCCUCUUGGCUUUCUCUACUCCAUUGUGAAUUCUAGCUUCUCCAGACUGACCAGGUGGCUGAAAUUCAUCCAUCCCUGGAACCAACCUGUUAUUCUUCCUUCUCUACAACCUCUCUGAAACCUUCACACCCUUCCUAAAGUGUUGCAACUAGAUUUGAAUGGAUGGCCCAGAACUUUGUGUGGUGUUACAUGUACAUGUUUCUGUAACAAAUUAUCUCCAAAGCAUUGUAACAGUUACUUAUAUGAGGUUUCAUCCAAUGGACGUACUAGAUCCCUGAUAUUUAACCCUUCUGUUUUGCAAGGCAAUGGGCAACAGUAAAUCAGGGAAAAGCAGGAUCUUGACAUUGCUCUUACCAACAGGGGCAUAAUCAAAAUUGAAUAAAAAUCCAUCACCAAACAGUGACAAUCUAAACACACUAAAUCAGCACUAACAGCCAUCUUAAAAAUACCGGAUAAUUAAAACUGCAUUUCUCAUCCAAAGAGAUAUUUGAACCAAAUAUUUGAAAAUAAAUUGAAUAUAUUCCUCUGCACAGUUGGUCUUUGGAUGGUUUCAAACUGUGAUUACAAUAGGCUUGAAAAAUGGAUACCGUCUCUUUAAAGGAAUGGUCAUUUUUAUAUUUGUGCUCUCAAUCAUUUUAUACCUCUUGCCUUCAGCAGGCUCCACAGUACCUGUGUAUUAUUGUAUCUGUUCAUGUUUAUAAGCAGCAGGAAUCUGCGGAUGAGAAGAAUGCACACGGUAAUUUUGUAAAAAAAAAACACUUAGCGAUUUUAAUAAGAAUCCUGUUAACGACACAGACACAGCUUGUACUUGCAUGGACUUGUAAACCUCAACUAAUAAAAAUACCGGCAGUAACUGCCUGCUCAUUC